GUCGGGACGUGGAUGGUCCUGGUGCCCGACGGCCACUUGUACGCUAAGAGCGUCGUCGGCUGCGACGACGGGCCCGCGCGGACCCGCGGGCUGAGGGCUGGCGCGUUGCCUGCGGGGUUGCGAGAGGCGGUCUACAGCUUCAGGGAGUCCCUGGGAACGAGGGGGCUGAGGGUGCUGGUCGGCGAGGCGCGCGGAGAGGUGCGGCUGGAGGCCGACGGGCAGGAGCUGCCGCAGGUCACCUGCUAUGUCAGCACCAGCGGGCGUGCGCGUCCAAUCGGCGCCCUGCUGGAUGUGCCCGCCGCGGCGCCCCUGUUGCCUGCCGCUGGCGCCGACGCUGUCCCGUGGCGGAGGAGGCGGCUCGCCUGCCCGCUGGGCUCGCGCUGGCAGGCCCGCGCGCGCCCGGGGACGGCGUGGACGAUCGUGGACGAGGUCGGGGGGGGCGACGUGCUGCUCGGGGGCGCCGUGGGUGCUAGCGAGGCGCUCGUGCGGAAUGGCAGUGGCUGGACGAAGGUGUUGGCCCUCUCGGCUCACGCGCGGGAUGCCUUCCGCGAGCGUGCGCGGCUCAAUGGCGGGGACCGCAGCCCGCCAGGGCCAGCUGGUAGCGGCGAUGCUGAUGCGCGGACUCUGUCCGUGGACUUCGACGCCCAGGGGAAGAGGUACAACGCGUGGCGAGAGGUGGUGGCGGAGAUGACUCGCCAUCCUUGCGCUGACUGGCCGCUCGACGCCCGGCCCACUGCAGUGCACUUCUGCGCACGCAUGGAGCGGACUGGACGCGUGCCGUCUGGAUGGCUGGACAAGUGGUCCCAGAGUAAGAACAUCGCGGUCGGCGACAGGGUGCACUAUGAGCUCGGAACGAUCCUAGACGCUCUGGAGUACGCGGGCAGCUACGACCAGCUCAAUCUCGGGACGCUGGUGUUCGCAGAACUUCUCUGCCUGCGUGUGCAGCCCAACUUCGAGAACGCGAAGUACUUCUCGGGGAUUAAGAGCUUGUCGGACGCAGUGUCGCCUGACUUGAAGAGCUUCACGGCUCGCCAGGCGAAGGGGAAGACCGAGUCUGAGAAGCAGCGGCAGAAGGUCAUGGAGCUCCGAGGCAAGACCGAGAGCGGGAAUGCCGAUGCCGCAGGAGGUUACAAGUGA